AUGGCAGCAUCUGUAACGUUGCCCGUUGUAGACUUAUUUCAAGUGCUUAUUCGACUAUGAUUCAAAGUCACAAAGCGAUGUACAGCCUGAAGCGAAAGGACUGGCGUUCAAAGUGGGCGACAUUUUAGAAGUGCUAAACAAGAGCUGUUCUGAUUGGUGGCAGGCAAGGAAGGUAGGAGACUGGUCAAACUGUGGCUUAAUACCUUCGAUCUCGCUUGCACGUAAAAGCUUCAAAGGUCGGAACUUGAGCAAACCCGUUGAAAACCUCGAGCCUCGAGGAAGCCGUCUCUUCCACGACACAGAUGGACUGGUAACAAUCUCAUCCGCAAAAGCGAUCGAUAUGCGAGAAAGCGACAAAGAUAGUAAAAUAGAACAAGUGGAGUUCUACGAGGAGGUGGUGCGAGCGACGCCCUACGGACGCAGAGUGCUGGUAUUGCUUGGCGCGAAGGGCGUUGGACGACGAACGCUGAAGUCGCAGUUGAUCAAGCAUGACCCCGUACACUUCGCCAUGGUUGUGCCAUACACAAGCCGCAGUCCUCAUGACGGCGAACAGGAAGGCAGAGAGUAUCAUUUCCUCAAGAGAGAAAAAAUGAAAGAAGAUAUCGAUGCCGGCGUCUACAUGGAAUGGGGCGAAUAUAACGGCAAUUUCUAUGGCACCACGUUCCGUUUACUGAAACUGCAAGUCGACGGUCAUUUUGCAGCUUCUGGAAUGGGCAGUCGUGGCUCCUCCAUGGGAGCGUGA